AAAUUAAACUAAUAUAAUUAAAUGCAAUUAAAUUAUUAAAAAUAAUCUUCUGUAAAAUAAAAUCUACGCCGAAUAAAAUUGUUUAAAAUAACAACAAAGAAACCUAAACUGUUUAUAAUCAAAAAAAAAAAAAAAAUAAUUAAAAACACUUAAAUAAGAAAAUUAUGAAAAUAUUAAAAUUAAUAAUUAAAUUAUAAUUAGAAAUAGUGGCAAAAGGAACAAAACAGAAAAAUAGUGUAAACAAAUUUGUAAAAUACUUUGAAGAAUAAAAUAUAAAACACGGAACAGAAUCCAAACGCUUUAUGGAAUAAAUGGAAAAAUAACAGUAAUCUAAAAAAAAAGACACGGGGACCAACAUGCAAGAAAUGUAAACGCAAUAAAAUUGUAUAAAUUAAAAAAAAUAUAAAAAUAAUAGAAAUAGAAAUUAAAACACCAAAUAAACAAGAAAACUAAACUAAAGUAUUUAAAUAAAAGCUGAAACAAAACAUGGAUUACAAUAACCCAUUGGACACUAAUCUUAAUACUGGAAAUAUCAGCACAGAUGACUUCUUGGCAAUAUUUACCUCCACAUCAACCACGGCCACCAAUGAGGCGGGCGGUGGUCCAGGUGGAGGGAGAGGAGGUGGUGGUGUGGGUGUAAAAACCUAUUUAAAUAAAGCCAAUAGUACAUUAACAACAGCUAAUACCACAUUAAAUCCGCCCUUACUGACCGUAGACGGUCAAUAUACAGUCACCAGUCUUCUAGAAACUUCCCUUACCGGCUCCACACUACAAAGUCCCCUUGAGGGAGCCGACAUUAAUGACACACUCUUCCUGUUAACAUCCAACAUUUACAAUGCCACAACCUCCAAUGGUGUUACGUCGACAAUUAAUCUGACCUCCUCGUAUGGCAAUUACAACAGCAUAAAUCAAAACUACUCAACAUUCAAUGGCAGCAAUAUCACCGAAGUCGUCUGGGAUGGCCGCUAUCCUAGUGGCUAUACGCUUACCCAUAUUAUUAUAGCCUCCAUUAUAGUGACCAUACUAAUGAUUGUCAUCAUUGUGGGCAAUAUGCUGGUCAUUAUUGCCAUUGCCACCGAGAAAUCCCUAAAGAAUAUACAAAACUGGUUCAUAGCCUCCUUGGCGGUGGCGGACUUCUUUUUGGGUCUUAUAAUUAUGCCAUUCUCGUUGGCCAACGAGCUGAUGGGCUACUGGAUAUUUGGCAGCUGGUGGUGUGAUGUGCACUCGGCCAUGGAUGUGCUGCUGUGCACGGCUUCAAUUAUGAAUUUGUGUCUGAUAUCGCUGGAUCGGUAUUGGAGCAUUACGAAGGCAGUCGAUUAUCUAAAGUCACGUACACCGGCACGUGCAGCUUUAAUGAUUGCUGCCGUUUGGAUUAUGUCUGCACUAAUAUGUAUACCCCCGCUGUUGGGUUGGAAAGUGAAAAUGCCGGAGGGGCCAUUGCCAAAGUGUGCGCUUAGUGAAGAUAUUGGCUACGUAUUGUAUUCUGCAUUGGGUUCCUUUUACAUUCCCAGCUGUAUAAUGGUUUUCGUUUAUAUACGAAUUUAUUUUGCCGCCAAGGCGCGUGCGAGACGCGGCAUUAAAAAACAUCCGCGCAAAACAAACAACGAACAGGUUACCAGCUUUACCACCGCCAACAAAAAAGGUACCAUACCAAUGCCAUCCUCGAGUGCGGGUGCACUGCAAAAACACCAACAACACCAAAUAGCCACAAUCGAAACACCACCGAACAGUGCCGGAGCACUACCAAUGCAAAUACCAACCGUAACCUGCGAUUUAGCAUCAGACAUUUCCACCUCCGAAGCAGCAGAAAUGGAGCCACAUCCCCUAGUUUAUCCCAAUAGUAGUUGUAGUAAUAAUAUGGGUAUCCUGCCCUCCAAUAAUAUAGACAUACCGUGUAAUUUAAGUGCAUCAGCGAAUUGUAAGGAAACCCUUAAAGUGAGUACAAUAACAACGGGUCAUGGGGCCUUAAAUGUACCUGUGCCACCAUCAAUGGCUGCCAACAACAACAGCACAACGACAACGUCAGCAAUUGCUUUAAACAACAACAAUGGCAGUGUGACGACGACCACGACAUCUCUGGCAGCCACGACGUUGACGGCCUCGAAUGCCAACGAACUGAAGGUGUCACCAUUGGCGGGACGCUGUCGCGCCUUAUCGGUAGGCGUAGAUCCUGAUAUGGUAAGUGAAUUUGAUCCAUCAAGUUCAGAUUCUGGAGUUGUAAGUCGUUGUGCGGUCGUAAAACCAUUAAAAUUUCGUUUAUGUCAGCCAAUAUUUGGUCGCAAGUCCAACAAUAACCGAAGGCAAAAUGAAUCGAAAACGGUGACCGUUAAGGAUGUGCCGAAACAAGAGAUCGUUAAAGCCGAACUCGAACCUGCCAUACCGAAAGUACAAAAGCCCCGAGAUCCCGAAAAGGAGAAACGGCGCAUAGCCCGCAAAAAAGAGAAACGUGCUACACUGAUAUUGGGACUCAUAAUGGGUUCCUUCAUUGCCUGCUGGCUGCCUUUCUUUUUUCUCUACAUUCUAAUGCCAGCGUGCUCAACACAUUGUCACAUACCCGAUUCAGCAUUUGCCAUUGCCUUUUGGCUCGGCUACAUGAAUUCGGCGCUCAAUCCGGCCAUCUAUACCAUUUUCAACAAGGACUUUCGGCGAGCGUUUCGCCGCAUACUCUUCAAGUGAUGUUUGGCCUAUGUGUGCUGUUAUCGGUGCGUUCAUGCCAGUAUCGAAAAGGCAACGGAACGUGCCAUGGGCAGCACACCCAUGGGUUAUAAUAUGUAUCAUUAUAGA